UGAUGUAAAAUUUCUGUCGAAUGAGCACAUGGAAAUAGCAUUAAAAUGAACAACGAUAUUCUUCUGAGAUUAGAUAUUUUACUGCUUUGGUGGUCAACAGGGUGUGCUCAAACCUAUAAUGAUAAAAUUGUCAGCCCAAGUGUGGUCGAGUCUAGUCAAACGUUCACUGUGACAUGUGAUGCUUCACGUGCUGGUGUUCCGGUUGAUUUCACAACUGUGCUGCUGCUGUAUAUUAAACGAGUUGUUGGGGGGAAAACAGAGGAUUUGACACGAUAUAGGUCAAUUAUAGACCCAAAAGUAAUCAAUGACACAUCACCCACUUCUUUUGUAAACUGGAGUUUUAAUUUCUCUGGGAGCUUACGAGGGACGGCCAAUCGACCAGUCAACAGGAACACAAUGAAAAUUGAAAUAGUUGCCCCUCAGGCGAAAUGUACUGACGCUGGGAGGUACGUAUGUUUUGCAACGUACUUCAAUAAACGUGAUGACGAGGUGGAUACAGAAAGUUACCAGGAUCUCACAGUGACAGUUCCAGAAGGCACGUGGUUCGAAAUAAAGCCUGCUAGCGAUUAUUUGCUGGAACCAUAUGUGGCAUUAUAUCCUGCAGGUUCCAAAGUCGAACUUACAUGCAGUCUUGAAAAA